UUGAAAUGAGGAGAGUUAAGAGAAAUGAGACAUUUUAAUUGUUGUAUUAGUUUAAUUUGUAUUCUGUUUAUCGUUAGUUGGAUUAUUAAUUGUGAUUCUGUUGAAAAUUGUAACUGCGAUGAAAACAAUGCUAAUCAAACCGAAUUUAACCUUAAUUGUUUAAUUUUGUGUGAUAAUAUAGUUGAUGGUACAAAUAAUGGUCGAUAUGGUUAUGAGUUGACUUCGAUUUCCGAGGAAGGUCCAUUUUUUUUAUUCGACACUGAAGAAAAGGUCAAUUUGAGAAGGUCAGAUAUUCGUGAUGGUCAAUCGGGUGUUAAAUUACAUCUAAUUGUCCGGUUAAUUAACUCUUUAACCUGUGAACCGAUGAAAGGUGUUUAUGUUUUCAUUUGGCAAGCAAAUGCAAAAGGAGUUUAUUCAGGAGUGGACAAUGGUCAACAAGAUGGAAGGCAAUUCUAUGAUCCAAAUGAUUUUUUUCAAAAUAAUUUCCGUGACUUUCGGGAUUUUCCAGAUCGAGAUGGUGAACACGGUGGACCUCGAGGUGGACACUUCGAUGAUGACGAUGAACACUAUCGACCAAGAGAUGAUGAUAGAUGGAAAUGGCGGCGAGAUGAUGGCCCACCGAGAGGAAGAGAAGAUCGAUUUACCGGUCAUCCCGACGAACCCAAACCAUGGAUGAGGCCAAAUGAGUGGAAAAGCCCACGAUAUCCCAUUGAGAACGAUCCAAAUGACGAACCAUGGAUUCGAGAUGAAGAUAAAUCCACUGAUCAAAUUAAAGAUGAAAAAGAAACAAUUAAAAGACAAGAUCAUCCACUGAGUGUCCAAUUAAUCAAAUUAAAAAGCCAAUCGGACAAACAAAACAAUUUAGAGACAAUCAACUCAGCGAAAGAUUUUUAUAAAACGAUAAAGUUUCCUAAGCCCAUUGAGAACUCAGCUCAUCGUCCUGAUGAUUACUCAAAUUUCAAGAAAUUCCCUCGUCAAAGGCCAAUAAACGAAGACCGUUUUCUCCGUGGUUACCAAUCGACAAACCAUCAUGGCGAUGCUUCAUUUAUAACGGUAAUUCCGGGCUGGUAUCGAGGUCGAAGUCAACACAUUCAUAUUGAGAUUUAUCUGGACAUAGAAUCGCCAGAAAAUGUGGCCUAUGUUGGUCAAUUGUACUUUCCCACCGAUGACCGGUCACUAAUCAGUAAAUUGGAAACAACUAAACCUUAUAAUCAGAUUCCCUUUUCGUUAACAAGUCAUGAGGAUGAUGAAAUUUUCCAACAAUCAAAAGGCAAUGAGUUGAUCAUUUCAUUAGAACCCAUUGGAAAUGGUUAUCAAGGUAUUGUUACAAUUGGUGUUGACCCAACGAUAACAAUUAAGCCGUUUCUUGAUUAAUUAAUUCACAAAUUAAGUUACAUUGACAUAAAAUUAGGUUUUAUUUUUUUCACUUUUAAAUUGUUGAUUUUUUUAGCAAAAAAAAACUAUAAAUAUUUUUGUAUAAUUUUUUUUUCUCAAGUUAAUUUUUCACAAUCAAUGUUUUGUUUGGACCAUUAAUUAAUUAUUCACACUGUCUUCUGUCCUUUAAAUAGUUAAUCAUUAAACAACAUUGAUACAUUUAAA